GGCAAAGAUGCUCUUAACAGAUCCUUACGCAUAGUUCCGGCCAUUGAAGACUCAUUUUCCAAUAAAAAUAAAUAAUACAGAGCAAGGAACGGUCAAAAUAGCAGUCCAGUUAAGAGCUUCCUUGCGACUGGCGCGACGAAAUCUUUGUCCAUUGCGCUCGUUCUAUUUUUGAUUUCUGCCCGCGAAAGUUUUCUAAUCUCACAUAACGCAAAUGGCAUUAUUCAUGGCCAGUACGAUUAAGUUGCCUACCAGCGAUUGUUAACGAAAAAGGUCGAAAUUUGUUGAACUUUUUGAACAAAGUUCCGAGGACUUUUCACAGUGGAUCCUUUCGUGAAGAGAAAGAUGAAAAUUUUUAAAAAGAAGCUUCGUUUCUCAAUAGCCUCGGGUUAUUUCUAAGACUUUUUGUUACCAGAAAUUGUUUUGUUGGUUUAUAAAAGUAUUGUAUUUAUUUCACAUAUCAGCAGCGACUUUUAUCGGGAGUUUUUACUUUGGAAUUUUUUGAUGAGGUACAUAUUCCUAUUCUUCUCCAAGCCGAACCACUGCAGACUCGCCAAAAUGCAUCAAAGUUGGAGCGGAGUUAGUUCUGUGGUGUUAGCCCUCAUAUUAUUUAAUGCACUAGGAAUCAACACACAAAUCGAAGAUAUCACAACAGAACAAAUAUAUGAAAGGACAACUGAAGAUUUAGUUGACUUUACUACUGACGUCGUAGAAGACGCUAACGUCAGACAGUCCAGAACGGAAAACAAAAGCUUAGAUGACGUCACUAUUGAUGACCCAAGUGACGCUAAGCCACUUAAUGUCAAAGUGGUUACAAAAGCAGAGAACAAGACAUUAGAAAUCGCAUCUAGAGUCAUCAUGCCUUUAACAAAUUCAUCGACAAACGAUCUGAGCGAUAAGGGUAGAAGAAAACCAGUAGCUUCAGUGGCUUCUGUGAGACAUCCAGUGGAAAAGCUCCAAGUGGAAGACGUUAGGAAAGCAAUGAGUAAAGCUGCGCAGAAGCCUCUAUUUAAACACACACAAUACGAUGAAGUGACUGGAGAGUUGAAAGACGGUGAACAUCCUUGUAAAAGAGAAUGCAGGGAAGGUGAGGAGCCUAUGAUAUGUUACUACCAUUUUGACCUGGAGUGGUACCACACUAUGAGCAAAGCUUGCUAUUCCUGUCCGUACGUAGAAGCUGAUUGUUCUAGACCUGACUGCAUUCCAGCUGAUGGCAUGAGUAGACCUUUAAAUGUGGUUAACAGGAAAAUGCCUGGACCGGCUAUAGAGGUAUGCCAUCGUGACAGGAUCAUCGUGGACGUGGAAAACGACCUGAUGGCUGAGGGCACGACGAUGCAUUGGCACGGGCAGCAUCAGAGGGGGACUCCCUACAUGGAUGGGACACCCUACGUCACCCAGUGUCCUAUACCACCUGAGACUACAUUCAGGUAUCAAUUCAACGCGUCUGAAGUUGGCACCCAUUUCUGGCACUCACACUCAGGCAUGCAGAGAGCUGAUGGAGCCGCAGGCGCAAUGAUCAUCCGGAGACCGAAGUCGCAGGACCCUCAUGGAAGAAUGUAUGAUUAUGAUAGAUCAGACCACAUAAUGCUGGUAACGGACUGGAUCCACGAGUUGUCUGUAGGCAUGUUCACCGACCACCACCACUCGUCGGGAGACAACAAGCCACCGACACUGCUCAUCAACGGAGUAGGACGGUUCAAGAUCUUCGAUAACAGCACGAGCAACAAGCCACUCUAUAUGAAGACUGCCAGGUUUAAUGUUGAACAGGGCUACAGAUAUCGUUUCCGAUUGAUCAACGCGGAGUUCCUGAACUGUCCGAUUGAGAUGUCAGUGGAUGGUCACAACAUCACGGUGAUUGCAUCCGACGGGUUUGACUUGGAGCCUAUUACUGCAACAUCAUUAGUGACGUACGCCGGAGAGAGGUACGACUUUAUUCUCGACGCGAAUAAUGAGAUUGACAACUACUGGAUCAGAUUCCGAGGACUCAUGGACUGCGACGAGAGGUUCACCAAAGCAAAGCAAGUAGCUGUCCUUCACUACGAAGGAGCCAUGGAAUCGGAGCCCAGCGGUGAUCCCACGUGGGAGGAACUACAUAACGAAGGACUGCAACUGAACGCCCUCAACAAAGGGGAAGAAGAAGAUGAAACUGUCAGCGUAGCAGAGAUGCAGUCCCUUGCUGGCUACGACGACAGUUUGAAGGACCACGCUGACUACCAGUUUUACUUGGCCUAUGACUUCUAUGCGAAGAACAACUCGCACUUCCAUCGGUCACCCUAUUAUGGAUACUAUCAAGUUCCUGAGAAGUCCAAUCGACUUUACACGCCGCAACUGAACCACAUCAGCAUGAAGAUGCCUUCGAGUCCCCUCCUCAUCGCUCGACCGUCUCCCGACCAAUUUUGCAACGCAUCAAGCAUCGACAAAUCCUGUAAACAGGGAUUCUGCGAAUGUCCACACGUUCUAUCCGUGCGUCUCAACUCUGUUGUAGAAGUCAUCAUUGUAGAUGAAGGAGUCACCUUCGACGCAAACCAUCCGUUUCACUUACACGGACACAACUUCAGAGUAGUUGGUAUGAGACGGCUAGCUAAUCAAACCACCGUUGAAGAUGUCAAAGCGUUCGAUAAAGCUGGUUUCAUGACUAGAAAUUUGAGAAAUGCACCUUUAAAGGAUACUGUCACGGUUCCCGAUGGAGGGUAUACAAUUAUCAGGUUCAAAGCUGAUAAUCCUGGGUACUGGUUGUUCCACUGUCACAUAGAGUUUCAUGUUGAAGUAGGUAUGGCUCUCGUAUUCAAAGUAGGAGAGCAUAGAGAUAUGAAACCAGUGCCUAGAGAUUUCCCAACGUGUGGUAGCUACAUGCCUGAUAAUAAUUUAGAACUAGAAACAGAAAAGCCACAAACAGACAAUCAGUUCAUACAAAUAACUCAUUGGUGGCCUGUUGUCGUAGUAAACAAUACUUCGUCAGCCGCGUCUAGUAGUUAUCUUUCUAGAAUUGUUAUUGUAUGCAGUAUUUGGAUUUUAAAAUUCGUAAUCGGCACCUAAUUAGACACUUAUAGUCCUAGUUUUAAGUUUUCAUUUAAAAUGAGAUUCUGAAAGAAUUUAAUUUUGCUAUACGAGUAAAUAAUUUUACGAAUUUGUACUUACUGUGUGUACAUUUUUAAUUUAUUGUUUAUUUUUAAAUCUGUUGCGAUAGACGGCUUUUAUUAAAUUUCCACGUAUUUAUUGGAGUGUACUUACGUACCGUUAUGUGUUUUCAUUAUUUACGAAACUGUAUUGAAAUGUGGUGAUACUUUAAACAAUGUUCGAAACAACCAAUAAUUCUAUACACAUUUUUUGUACAUAUUUUAUAUUAAGCAUAAUAGUUUUGGAUUUUAGCAGAGCUUAUUUAUUCAAUCUUCUAUUGUGUUGGUUGUAAGGUGGAUUAUCAACCUCAUCAACUGGUGUUAAGGUUACAAUUGAGCCGCUAAAGGCCCCUGACGUGACUCAUGCAACGUACUCAUCAGUAAGUAGUAACUGCGACUACUUAAAUUACGAUAACCAAUGAAGACAGAGGAAGACAUGAGACUUAUUAACCUUACAUCAUUAUUGUCUUUCAACUAAUAGAAGGGCAGAAACGACUAUACGAUUGCUUCUAUGCUGUUCUGGGAGCAAAUAAAAAACAUAGAACACGUUCAGCUGCUUGUCUUCCCGGGCAUGUCGUAAAAACAGAGGGAUUGCGUCCUCUAACAUGAUGGACUAAUGUUAUGGGCGAUAGGCUGAUCCCUUAUCACCAUAAGGUUCAUCAUAUCCAUCUUAGGACUUCGUAUCAACAGUGGCUGCAAGUUGUCUUUGAUUACUUGUGGCUCUGCCCACCCCAUUUGGGAUUACGGGCGUGAGUUUAUGUAUGUUAUGUUUAUGUAAACGACUAUAUUUGGAGUUGGGCUGAUCAGAGUUACAUCCAUCGCAAGAUGAACUGAGCACUCACGCUUGGCCUUCGAGCUUUCUUUUAGACCAACAUGAUCAACGUGAGUGGUGAGCCGUAUGACCUAACUCAGAAGGACAAAGAUAUAAAUCACAUUUUGAUGGUGUAUGAAGUACAUACGAGUAAGUAGAUUAGUUUGAGAGUAGUAUGUUACAUGAGAUUACGAAAAAUUAUAAAACAUUUGAGUGAGCAGUUAAAAUGUGCUUCCCGGUCAACUUGGGUGAUGGGAGAAGCAUCGGUAAUCGGUUUAUUCAAACAUAUAAAGUUGUAUGACUGCGUUCACGCGGAAAAGUUUGCCUCGCGUAUUUGCAGCGUCGCGUCUCUAAACGAGGCUGUCGUAUCGCUUUAAAUAAUUCUUAAUUUUAUAUCCGCUACAGACGGUAGAGAUACUGCAAAAUGUUAUCUUUUAGCGCCUAUUAUACUACUCUGUGUAUCGGGCCCGUGUUAAAUGUUGAGCGGGGCCACGAUUUCGCCACAGCGUACUUUAUUAAGUACGCCGCGCCGGUAACUUGCAGUCAAGCGUCAUGGAUGCAUGGGGCCCGAUGGACUGGGUAGUGUAACACUUUAAAUCGAUCGAUAUGCGAGAGAGAUUUUACGAGUAUUUUUUUCUUUGGUGAUUAAUAUCGUGAAGGUAAAAUAUGACAAUAUAUUUUAAUUGCUGUUUGUAGCGGUAAUAAUCAAAUUUUAAUAGAUGAUGAACUAUUUUGAACGUAAUUGUCUGUGAUUGGAGUAGACCCUUGCCAAAAAUGUUGAUUAGCAAAACGUUUUACGUAAGAAUUUAUUGAAAAAUACUAUAAAUUUCUGUGAAAUUACGUAAAAGUUGUGAGUGUCAGAAUGGUCGGUCACUUGGUGUGUUUAAAGUUGAAAUGGUGUUCACUACGUCAGGAUGGCCGAUCAUUUAAUUAAAAAAAAAUUGAAAGAAAAUGUCUGUUAAUAGACACUAAACCUCACUGAUAGGGAAGCAAUGUUUAAGCACCAUUUCAACUUUAAAUAGGUACGCCGAAUGACCGUCCAUUCUGACGCUCACUAAAAGUUUUGUGAAAAUUGCGUAAUAAUUUUGUAAAAAUUUGCGUAAGAAUUUCGAUAUUAAAUGUCGCUGAUGAUAUGUGAUAUUAUAUUUAGUUUUAAUUAGUUAUAGACAAUGUAAUUUAAUCGAUUUAUUUUAGUAAUAACAAAACACAAUUACAUUUAUUGAAAA